AUGCUCAUUCCAAGACUCGAAACAUGGGCUCGAGCAAUGCAAUUGUCAUUCCAUUCCAUCUCGGAGCCACAAAUACGAUCACACUCGGAAUACCAAUCCCGAUCAUCCGGAAUGGUAUCAAUACCAUAUCGAGAGACACCGGAAUCCGAUUCCGAUUCCGAUUCUGACGCCUACCCAUUCCUAGACGGCAAUUCCGACGUGUUGGAGAAAACAAUGAAAUCUAUCGCAUGGUUAAUCAAACUCGGGUCAAUUCAUGCUCAAAGACUUUCAAACACAGUGGUGAACCCGAAAGAUGGAGACAGGAUCUUGAAAAGUUGUAAAGAUAGCUAUGAUAAUGCGUCUAGCAAUCUCCAACAAGCAAUGAAAGCAUUGUUGUCUAAAGAUGUUGAUCGAAUGAAAUCAAUGCUUCAUGCAGUUUUUUCCAAUAUAGGAGAUUGUAGAGACGAGUAUUCGGGUAAAAGUAAAACUUCUCCAUUUGCUACUUAUGAUGAUAAGGUUACAAAGAUGAUUAGUAAUUGUCUCACUGUUCUUGAUUUGGUCCAUGAACGCCGUUGA